CUUCUAUUGUAUGUGGCAUCGUGGCUUAUCGCUUCGUCUGCGGCUAGACGUUCAAAGAGGCUUGCUGCUCUUCUCAAGCUCUUCCCUCCUCUCCACCCAUGGCGGCGCUUCUCACUCUUCCCAUGGCUUCCCUUUCCCUCCAGUACCGUCCCUCUAGCUCCUAUAUAUCCUUCUCUCGUUCCGAAGUCUUUUCGGGGACCUCGCUCUGCUUGGCUUCCCUCUCGGCUUCCUCGACGGCGUCUGUUCCUCCGCCAUUCCAUUUAGUGUACUGCGGCCGGGGGGACAAGAAGACGGCGAAAGGGAAGCGAUUCAAGCACUCUUAUGGAAAUGCGAGGCCUCGAAAUAAGAAUAAGGGAAGAGGGCCUCCAAGGAUCCCUGCCCCCCCUUCGCCUCCCAGAAAGGACCGGUUCGAUGACGGAGAGAAGGUCAAGAUCGUGAUCGAUGAGUCCCUCUUCUCUUAAGCUUGUGAUAGCAUGUAUGAUUCUUCAUUUAUUUCAAGUGUAUAAGUCUUUUCCGGAACUUGGAGACUCUGUCUGCUUCUAGGAUUACUGUGAUUGGGAUACCAAUGCUUUUAAUCUUCAUUGGUUGCACGGAUUUCUUCUUC